CAUCUACAGCCUCAGCCUCAGGCGUACUCAACUUUCAGGCGGAGCCUCAGCUUCAGCAGGCCCAUGCAGGGAGGUGUCGCUGCAGCUCCUGCCUCCGCCACUGGUUUUCAGGACCAAGGCGCUCCUAGGCUGCCACUAUUUAUCCACUUGAUCAAACCUCAAAGUAGUAUGCAGUUUAGAUCAGGCAUCGGCUUUGCACGCUUAUAACAAUCUGUCAGCUAGAGCAAGCAACCCUGCAACACAGUUGGGCACUUGAAGGCCUGCUGGUGUGCCUGCUUGGGCUGCAGUUUCGUGUUUGCUUUUAGCCAUGGACGCCGAUCAAAGCCAGCGUCAGGCGGCUCCGGUGCCAGUUAUCUCCAGGGCAACAGGAUGGCGGCUGUUCGCAAAGCAGUUCAAGGCACUGUUCUGGAAGAAUGUCCUUCUGUCUUGGAGGAACUCUCGUGCAACAGCUUUGCAGCUCUUGUCGUCGCUGUUCUUCAUCUUCCUGAUCUUCAUAGUUGCCAAGGCCAUCGAUGCUCAGAACAAGGGCAACACCGGCUUCAAGAGCCUGCGGACGCCUGAGCCUUUUCUGAUUCCGGCGCUGCCGGCAUGCGAGACUGGCUACUACAUCAAGAAACCAUGCUACGAUUUCGUCUAUGCGCCAAACAACCUCACCUCGGUGAACACAAUUGUGGGAAACAUGCGCGCGCAGAAUCCCGGAAGGCCGAUACCCCCCGAGAAGGUGCGCGCCUUCUCUUCCGCUGCGGAGGUGGACGCGUGGCUGCUGGCCAACCCGAGCCGCUCCCCUGCGGCGGUCAUCUUCCAGGAGACAGCGCUGGGGCUGGGCUACGGGCUGCAGGUCAACUCCACCAUCAAGAACCAGCGCGGCCAGUACGAGGACGUCAACUUCAAGUUCCAGGCACCGCUGCAGCAGGCAGUGGAGAGGGAGAUUGUGCGCUUUGUCACGGGGGAUGGGCCUGCCCUCAAUUGGUACACAUGGAUGGUGGAGUUCGCCCACCCUGCGACCACCAAUUUCUCGGCGGCUGGGGCGGUUGCGCCUACCUUCCUCUUUGCGGCAGCCAUGUUCGGGUUUGUGAUCCAGAUCGGUGCGGUGGUGGCGGAGCGCGAGCUGAAGCUGCGGCAGGCCAUGGACACGAUGGGCCUCAAGGUGUCGGUGUUCUGGCUCACCUGGGUCGCGUGGGAGGUCGUCCUUGUCUUCAUCUCCAGCCUCUUCAUCGUCAUCUUCGGCCUCAUGUUCCAGUUCGACUUGUUCAAGAGGAACGGCUUCUUCGUCCUGUUCAUCCUCUUCUUCCUGUUCGAGCUGGCCAUGGUGGGGCUGGCGUUCCUGGCGUCGACGUUCCUGCAGUCGUCUGCCCCCGCCACCACCCUGGGCUUCUUCAUCUUCAUCCUCGGGUUCAUCGUCCAGCUGGUGACUGCGUUCGGCUUCCCCUACGACAAGAGCUUUGCGCCCUGGAUCCGCUACCUUUGGUCCCUCUUCCCUCCCAACCUGCUCGCCAUUGGCCUCCAGUACCUGGGGGAUGCCACCGCCACCAAGGAUGACAGGGGCAUCAAGUGGAGCCAGAUCACGAGCCACUGCGGGAAAGGGAACUCGUUCGGGGGUAUCAACGACGACUGUGUCUUCCCCCUGAGCAACUGCUUCAAGUACUUGUUCGUGGAGUUCUUGCUGUACACGCUGCUGGCCACGUACCUGGACCGCGUCUUCCCGGACGUCAACGGCGUGCGCCGCCCCUGGCUCUUCUUCCUCUACCCCUCGUACUGGACCGGCUCCAAGGGCGGCUUCUCCGGCACCACCGGCUGCUGCUCCUGCACCGGCCGCGAGCCGCCCCUGCCGCCCUCCAGCGGGCCAGAGGACGAGGACGUCGUGGCAGAGAGAGAGAAGGUGGAAGCGCAGGCGCAGGCAGGCGCACCUCCCCCCGGCACCUCCGUGCAGCUGCGCAACCUGCGCAAGACGUUUGCGGGCACGCGCUCGUGCUCGUGCAAGUACUGCUGCUUCUGCACCUGCACCUCGACCGCGCCCUUCCACGCCGUCAAGGGCGUGUCCUUCACCAUCGAGGAGAACAAGCUCUUCUGUCUGCUGGGCCCCAACGGGGCGGGCAAGACGACGACGAUCAACAUGCUGACGGGCGUGCUUCCAGCAACGGCGGGCAGUGCGCUGGUGUACGACAACGAGAUUACAGACGCGGCGGGCAUGGCGCGCGUGCGCAGCUUCAUGGGCGUGUGCCCGCAGUUCGACAUUCUGUGGGGCGACCUCACGGGCAAAGAGCACCUCUGGCUCUUCGCCAACAUCCGCGGCCUGCCCAAACAGCAAGUCGCACAGGAGGUGGACGACUUGCUGGCCCAGGUGCGGCUGGUGGAGGCGGGCGGCGUGCGCAGCGCCAGCUACAGCGGGGGCAUGAAGCGCCGCCUCAGCGUGGCCGUCGCGCUCAUCGGUGACCCCAAAGUGGUGUACUUAGACGAGCCGACGACGGGCAUGGACCCUAUUUCGCGGCGGCAUGUUUGGGACAUCAUCGAGGCGUGCAAGCCGGGGCGCGCCUUCAUCCUGACGACGCACUCCAUGGAGGAGGCCGACAUCCUGGGCGACACCAUCGCCAUCAUGGCCAAGGGGCGCAUGCGGUGCAUCGGCAGCAGCAUCCACUUGAAGAACAAGUUCGGCGCGGGCUACAUCGUGAACGUGUCGGUGCGCUCCGCGGGCAGCUACGUGGACCUGCCCGGGGCCACCAGCUGGGAGGCGGACGCGCACAAGGCCGACGCCGUCAAGGCCUUCUUCAAGCAGGGGCUGGGCGUGGAGGCGGCGGAGGAGAGCAAGGCGUACAUCCGGUUCCUGGUGCCGCGCAGCGCGGAGCGCGUGCUGCCCGAGUUCUUUGCGGCGCUGCAGGCGCGGCGCGGCGAGCUGGGCGUGACGGACGUUCAGCUGAGCCUGUCCACGCUGGAGGAGGUGUUCCUGGCCAUCGCGCGCCAGGCCGAGCUGGAGACCGCGCAGGCGGAGGGCCGCUACGACAAGAUCACCCUUGGCGACGGCACCACCCUGCAGGUCCCCAUUGGCGCACCAUAUGUGGCCCUGCCGGGCUCCGCGAGCGCCGACUACCCCAACGGCCUCAUGGUGGAGGUCACGUGGCAGCAGGACGACGCAGGUCGCCUGAUGGUGUCGCACCAUUCGGAGCCCAUGCCCGCCCCGGCUCCCGCCGCGCGCUUCACGCAGCAGGAUAGCGGCUUGGGCCGGCGGGCCAGGAGGUCGCUCUCCAAGAACAAUUCCAACAUUGGACAGGCGCUCACAGAGAUCGAGCUGGCCGGGGCUGGCGUGCUGCCGAGCACGCUUGAACCAGCACCACCGCUGGGGCCCAUGAGAAGAUGAGAGAUAUCUAAGUUGAGACACAUCAUUCUUCGACCCAGUCAAUCCGCACCACAGCUUGUACCAUACGCCGCUGGCCCUUGCAUUCUCCUAAUUUAGAAUCCGGGUCGAUUCUAACCUUAUAAGGUACAUUCAAAAAAGUUGUACCUAAAGUAGGCACCAAAUCGGUGAAAGUUGGUUGCUGUCGAGCACUUUGUCACUACCUUCAAGAAGGUUGAUAUUGACUUCACUUUUUACUUGAAAAACCCAGAUAGAAGAUUUGCAGACAAGAUGGUCACGUUAAAUUGCUUGAUGUUUCGUCUUGUUGUCUGUCUUGCGGCUG